AAUAAAUAUUGAAUGAAGUUGUCAAGUUGUAUGAUAAAGAAGCGACGAAUAUUUUGGACAAAACGAAAUGAAAAUAUUCUGGUGUUUAGGCGCAAUAUAACAUUGUUGAAUAUGCUAGAAAAAAUGGAUAAUCUGAAAAUAAUUAUCGUUACAUAUCCUUGAUUAUGUCGGCACGUAAUUUUUUGUCUGCUCGAGAGAAAAAUAUUGCAAAGUUUAUAGAUUGCUUACCAAACAUAAGCCAUAAGAAGUGUGGCUAUCGUUCAGUGCAAGAAUUACCACCGCUUUCAGCGAAUUCUAGUGCCUUAGUUAAUAGAAACAUAGAUUUAUCAUUUAAAAUACAACCGUACUCUGACGAAAGUUUAGACAGAGUUAGUACACCUUUUUCGGAUUUUUUCUCUGACAGUGAAACUGGUACUCCAGAUUUUAGAAGUGAAGAAAGUGACAGUAGUGCUGGGUCAGCUUUGAGAAGAAACACAGAAGCUGCAACAAAAACAUUAGAGGAAGAGUGGGAGAAGAUAGAAAGGACUUUGUACAAUGAAGAUGGAGAAAAAACAACAAGACAACAUAUGCUGGAAGAGUGUAGGCAGUGGAGACAACUGCAUCCACAACUCAGAGUCAUCGGUAAAGCUAUACCACUGCCUAAGAAUAGGUUACAUUAUAGACAGAGUGAACAUGAUGAGGUGAUUGCAGUGCAUUACAGUGACUAUGAGCAAUUCAGCGAAAGCGAGGAACGCCUGUCACAGAGUAGCACAGAUGUUACACCACAGAACUCCCCCAGGGUGUCUGUGGAGUUUGAACCGAGAAUAACACGAGAGAAAAUAUCCUAUUACCCAAAACAAGAUGAGGAAUCAGAUUUUGAAGAUACAUUUUCGUCUCUUUUACAAAUAACACCAAUUCAAAUACGAAGUCCGUAUAGAAAGAGGCAGACUCAUUCAAUUUUGAGAUCGGAGGUCGCAUCUUCACGUUGGAUGAGAGGGAAUCGACCUGAAUCAUCAGUGAAUAGGGGUAGUGCGAAGUCUUAUGUUUCACUGGAUGCUGGGAGAUAUGGUAUUGAUGGUAAGUCACAUAAUGGUAGGGUUGUUACAGCAAGGCAUAGGGAUGUAGCAAGAUUAGAACCGAUUUACACCCCUGAACCACCAAUUGAUGUGAUGAGGAAUCCACAAUAUGGUAAUAGGAAAGUGUCGCUUCCUCCAUUGUCUAUGGAUGAGGAGAGACGUAAAAUUGCCAGUGUCGGGUCAGCAAAACGAAUUGGCAAAUAUAAGAAAACUCAACCUAAAUAUAAUAGGCCAUGCUAGCUAUGCUUGUUUCUAGUCUCUGUUAACACAGUUUAUGUUUAUUGUACAAAUGUUUUUUAUUUUGACAUUUGCGAAUACCAGAAUAAUUUUGGUACUUAUUUUAUGUACUUUAUAGACUUUAAAAUUAUGGGUAACACUUUUUUAAUGCACAUUUUUUUCUCUAAAAGGCUGUAUAGUUAUAUUUUUUAACUACAGAUGUUUAGUAAUGCCAACUUGUCUAUUUACAAUGUUUUGACAUUCCAAUGUUUAAGAAAUCUUGUUUAUUGCCAAGUUAAAAGCUUUGUCACUUUUUUUCUUGAAAAUGCCUGAUGUGUCUUGUUUUUAAUGAUUCAUUUUAAUAAUAAUGUUUAAUUACAUUAUUCUCACAGUAAUCGUAUCUAACAUGCAUUUAUUACUGUAAUUCUUUUUAAUCUGUGAUACUGUAACUAAAUGUAAAUCUGUUUGCAAAGAAUUAGUAUUUUGUGACAUCAUACACAUUAUGUUUGAAGAUCAUUAUUUUAACAUUAAGACAUAAAACAAUUG